UAACACGAAUUAAUUUUCUAGUAUGAAAGUUUCAAACUUUCAGUCCCCUACGAUAAGAAUUGAGAAAGACGAGUUAUAGCAUUACGGCCACUGUUCUGACCCACUUGACCAAAAGAAUCAGACUAUAAUUUUCUAGUCGUCCUAACUAGUCAAGAAACAAUUUUCCGAGUACAAACUGAAAAUACCUUUCCUUCAUCAAGUUCACUGGUGUGUUUAAUGGACAAACAACCAUAGUGCACCAACGCAGCUUACUUUUGGAGUUUUAAGAUGGCGCCUCUCUCUGUUUUACUAUUCUUUCUUUUCUCUCAUCUUCCGUUUCUUUACUCUGCUGAAACAUCGAAAUACCCCUCUCCUUGUCCAAACUUCAAAUGUGGAAAAUUGGGCGAUAUUAGGUUUCCUUUCACUCCAGCAACGAACCCGGCCUGUGGGCUGUUGAAAGUAAAUUGUAGCGACCACAAGAUCCAACUGCAGAGGCGAGGAAGAUGGUAUAAAGUUGAGAACAUCUCUGAGGCUGACACCAUUUCUAUCAGUGAUUCAGAACUUCAGAAUCAUUUGGAUAAAGAACGAUGUGAUUUCUUUGAGGAAUUCUCUACUCCCCGCUCUAGAAUGGUCUCUUUCCAAUUUGUACCUAAUAUUACCUUGUUCAAAUGCAACCGCAGCUUCAACAGCACUCACGGCUCUGGUUUUAGUUAUGAUACAACUUGUAACAAUAGUCUUUAUUUUAAUCACACAAAUGGUAGUAAUCCAAGUUUUCUUCCUCAUAGCUGUUCAACCAUUCUCCUCCCAGGACUUUGGGUUCGAAAUCACAAUCACUACGACAUAAAAUUGAAGUUUCAAGCUCGAGUAUAUGUAUCUCUUGAAUGUAGCAGUUGUCAUUUUGAAAGAGGAGGUCAAUGUGAAAUUAAGAGCAAUGGAGAUUUUUUCUGUGCUAAUGCAAGAAGACCUGCCAAAGGUGUUCAGGAUGACGCAGGGGGACAAAAAUGGGGAUGGCGACAAACACUAGCUUUAGUUCUUGGACUUGCUGCAAUAAUGGUUAUUUCACCGACCAUAAUUUUAAUCUGGUGUCGAUAUGAGAGAAAAUAUUCCUCCUCAAACUUCAUCCCAUCAAAUAAUUCUUAUGAUCCCUCCACAAAGUCAGAAAUCGAAGGGGGCAGUGUCUACUCUGGUGUCCCCAUCUUCCCCUAUACCGAAGUUGAAGAAGCCACAAGUAACUUCGAUUCUCAAAAGGAACUUGGAGAUGGAGGUUUUGGGGCUGUGUACUAUGGCAAACUUCAAGACGGACGUGAAGUUGCAGUCAAGCGCCUAUAUGAUCACAACUAUAAAAGGGUUAAGCAAUUCCUCAAUGAAAUUGAAAUCCUUAGACGCCUGCACCACAGAAAUCUCGUGUCCCUCUAUGGUUGCACUUCACUGUGCAGUCGUGAACUCCUCCUUAUCUAUGAAUAUGUUCCAAAUGGCACUGUCGCUGAUCAUCUCCAUGGUGAUCGAGCCAAGUCUGGUUCUCUCACCUGGCCCAUUCGGAUGAGGAUUGCCAUAGAAACAGCUAGUGCAUUGGCUUACCUUCAUGCUUCUGACAUCAUUCAUCGAGAUGUGAAAACAGACAACAUUCUCCUUGACAACGAUUUCAGUGUGAAAGUUGCAGAUUUUGGGCUUUCCAGAUUGUUCCCAAUUGAUGCUACUCAUAUCUCAACUGCUCCACAAGGAACUGCUGGCUAUGUUGACCCUGAAUACUACUACUGUUACCAGCUAACUGAUAAGAGCGAUGUCUAUAGCUUUGGUGUUGUCCUUGUUGAGCUCAUAUCAUCAAUACCCGCUGUUGAUAUAACAAGGCAUAGGGAUGAGAUUAAUUUGGCCAAUUUAGCAAAAAAUAAGAUUCAAAGGUGUGAAUUUGAUGAGUUGAUUGACCCAUCUCUUGGGUACAAGUUAGACAAGGAAGUUAAAAGAAUGACAACUUCAGUUGCAGAGUUGGCUUUUCUAUGUUUACAACAAGGUAAGGAAAUGAGACCUUCUAUGGAUGAUGUACUGGAGCAACUACAGAGAAUUGAAAGUGGAGAAUAUGCGUUGGACAGCCUGGAGGAGUAAUAUCAUACUUAGGUAGACCUCCAACAGAUUGUAUUGCCGAAGAAUAUUCUGCCACUACCAUCACUAGAUUUUGCAACUGACAAGUGGGUUAGUGGUUGUUGACUACUUGUUCUGCUUCACCUUAUGUGCUGAUUAAAUAUCGAGUCAGGUGAUGACAACAUCUAUCUAAAUACUCAUUGUUUAAUGUGAGCCAGUAAAAAAUGGGGUUUUUUUCAUAGAGAGAUGGAUUUAAGGAACAGUAUUGAUAGGAUAUAUGUUUAUAGCACCUAAAAUUAGGUGGGGCUUUAUAAUUAUUCUUAUAUUCAUAUGUUGGAGAGAUCAAUUUCAGAUUAUGACCUUUUUCAAGCCA